AUGUACAGACCAGUGACAGUUUCUCGGCCAUCUUUGCCACUGUGGGUGAUUGUCCUCAUUGUGUUUGGAGUGGUGGCAAUCCUAGGAACCACUAUUGGUCUUCUAGUUCAUUUUUUGGCAGUAGAAAACAAGACUUACUAUUACCAAGGUAGCUUUAAAGUGCUGAAUAUCCCAAAUAAUAGAAAUUAUGGAAAGGAGACAUCACCAGAAAAUAACUAUCUUAGCAAAAUUCUUGAGACGAAGAUGUCUGAUGCAUUUCAGAGUUCUAGCAUUUACAGACAGUACAUCAGCUCUCAAGUCAUCACACUGGUUCCUGCUGACAACAGUGUGACAGCACAUAUAUGGCUCGUAUUCAAGGCGCCCAAAUCAGUGAAGGAAAACACAAGAAGAGGAAUUGAAAGCAUCUUACGUCAAAUGCUGAAGAACCACUCAGGAUCCUUGACUACAGAUCCUGAUUCGCUUACACUUGAGGAAAUCAGUAAGGUCAAAGCUGAAAAGAUAAUCAACAACCGCUGUGGGAGACGACCAAGGAUGUCAGCUACCUAUGAUAGAAUCAAGGGUGGAUCCACUGCUCAGGAAGGAGAGUGGCCCUGGCAAGCAAGUCUCAAAAAGAACGGCAAGCACUACUGUGGGGCAUCUUUGAUCAAUGACAGAUAUCUGGUGACUGCAGCUCACUGCUUUAAAAAUUCACGAGAUCCAAGGAACUAUACUGUCACCUUUGGCACCAAAGUAAAUCUCCCCUAUAUGCGACACUAUGUUCAGCAAAUUUUUAUUCAUGAAAACUACAUCAAGGGUGAACUUCAUGAUGAUAUUGCAGUUAUAUUGCUUACUGAAAAAGUUUUAUAUAAGAACGAUGUCCAUUCAGUUUGUCUUCCUGAAACCACACAGAUUUUUCCACCAGGUGAAGGAGUUGUUGUCACAGGAUGGGGAGCACUUUCACAUGAUGGUCCAUACCCAGUAUUACUUCAGAAAGCACCUGUGAAGAUAAUUGAUACAAACACUUGUAAUGCUCGGGAAGGAUAUAAUGGGAUGGUACAAGACACAAUGCUAUGUGCUGGGUACAUAGAAGGAAAUAUUGAUGCAUGCCAGGGUGACUCUGGAGGACCAUUAGUUCAUCCCAACUCUCGAAAUAUUUGGUACCUUGUUGGAAUAGUGAGCUGGGGAGCAGAAUGUGGUACAAUCAAUAAACCAGGAGUCUAUACACGAGUGACUGCCUACCGCAACUGGAUUGCAUCAAAGACUGGUAUCUAA